CAUGGAAUCUGUAAAGUAGUUGUGUUUUCUAUCAAAUUUUCGCUAAACAGGCGAUCUAAAAGGAAGCAAUAGUCGUUAAUAGCUCGUCGUACUUUCACCAUUUUAAGAGUAAAUCCCACUGUUAUACCAAGCGACCUCUAACGUUAGGCUGUCGGCAAUGGUGUUAAGCAGUUCUUUGGAAGAUUUCUGCUCAAGUGAUGUCUCGACUCGUCAAGAAGUCUCCAUCUCUUUGUACGGAUCUACCACUGGACAACACUGAUAUAUGUGACAAGCUUAAUUUGCUGAGGCAGCUCCUGCGAUCUUGUUUUGGUCCGACAGGUAGACUAAAACAAGUUCAUAACAACAUUGGAGGGCAUGUAGUAACCACCUCAACCUCUUCUGUUCUGCUUCCAGCCAUUUCCUCCUCGCAGCCUUUUAUCAAUUUGAUAAAAACCUCCAUUCUCAACCAUGUUUCUCGUUUCAGUGACUGUGGUUUGUUUGCUUCCAUUCUUUGUUUGUCUCUUAUAGAGCAAGCAAAGCAGUCUGGUCUCAGUGGGAAUGUUGCUAUCAGAGUGAACAAGCACUUGCUGGGUGUGUGCAUUAGUUACCUACAACAAGAAGACUGUGGAUGUAAAGUGAAGCUCGACUUCUGCAGCAGCCAGAACUUGAUCACAUUAGCUCACAGUAUUAUCUCCAGCAAACCAACAUGUGUGCUAACAAAGCCAGAGGCACUUCACAUCAGCAAGUUGGCUGUACAAGCUUUUUUGCUGACUGUUCCCUGUAACAGCCCAGGUAUAGUCAGUCUUGGCAGAAUAGUUACUGUCGCUGUUGAAGGCCAUGCUGUGCUGGACUCUGCAGUGUUUCCAGGUUUACUGGUGGACAUGCCUGAUGUCUUUAGCCUCAACAAAGUAGAGAACCUGCAUUCAAAUCCACUGUGUGUGGUGUUGUUCAGCACAUCUCUCGCUGGAGACCUUUCUGAACUGGGAGAUGGGAUAAUUGAGGUGCACCCAGGUGUAGACACAGACUCGCAGAUACUGGAUCAGCUCCUGGAACUCGGCAAACGAGUGGUUAAUGAUGAGGUAAAGCUCUUUGUGUGUCAGAAGGUGGUACACCCAGUCCUGCAGCAGUACCUGAGGAACCAUGGUAUCAUAGUGAUAGAGAGGCUGGGGAUCACUCUCAUGGAGCCACUUUCCCAGCUGACAGGUGCUCAACCUGUGGCCACAUUGCACACCACAAUCCCAGCCAUGGCCUACGGGAAGGUGAGCCGUCUCAGUUCGAAGCAGUUUGGAUCAAAGACAAUGCUGCAUUUACAGCCACCCGGGGAUUCGGCUAUCUGCACGAUGAUCCUCUGCCACAGGAAUGAGACAAUGUUAAGUGAGCUGAAGGUGGUGUGUCAGAAGACGGAGCAUGUGUUGAGGCUCACCCUGAGGGAACCAUCUGCAUUACUUGGAGGAGGGUGUACUGAGACCCACAUAGCUGCUUAUGUCCGACACAAGAGUAUUCGUGAAGUCACAGACAGAGCAUCAGCACUCAGGUGCUCACAGACAGAGUACCUUCUCGGCGUGGAGGGAUUCUGCCGCUCUCUGGAGUCUGUGGCCGCAGCGCUGGUGCACGACGGUGGCAGUUCUUUAAUGGAUCUGACUCAUGCUCACCACUGGACUCACUCUGCAGAUGUCAUGAAAGAACAUUUGGGGGAUAAUUCGGGCUUCUGUGGCUGUGGACUGGUGGAAAGUAGUCAAAAUCAUAAGUGGACUUAUUCAAACACUAAAUACCCAGAGUUCUCACCUGCACCUCUGUCGAGAGACGUGACUGUGCAGCCACGUGUGCUUGACUCUUUUACUGCUAAACUCAAUGCAUUGCAAGUUGCUGUAGAAACGGCUAAUCUUGCACUGGAUGUGAGAUAUCUUAUUCAAGACAUGAACUAGCAAAACAGGAAUUUUAGCAGGAGUGGAACUCUGAAUGUCAAUUGUCAUUCACAUUUUCAAAAUCUUUAAGUUAUAGGCAACAUGGUACUACGUUCAAUAUAACUGCCAUAUUUUUCCUGACUGUACCAUACUAGGGCCAUAUGGUCAAAUUUUAAAUUCACAAUUACGAUUUUGAUCAUUGAAAUUGAAAGGUCAUUUUUUUACACCCCUUGUAUCCUCCAAGUUUGGUAGGAAACAAUGUUCUCUGUACACAUCUCAACAUUAUGUGUUCGCCAGUCAUAUAAGCACCUUGAAACUGACCUUUAAGUGGUGUUUGAAAGAGUAUACAAUUUUUCUAAAAGAAAAUAAUUCAGCUCCUCAUGAACAAUUUAUCAAACCAGCAUGUUUGUGCUGCAGUUGCCUUUGGUCAGCACUAGGAGGUGCUACAAGGUUGGCACAGAUUUUUAUUUUAUUUUGAGCAAACAACACCAAAAAACAAACUAUCAGCUGAUGGUAAUUAUCCGCCCUUUUUAAAUUCCAUCGUAUUGCAUCCAGAAUGUUACAAGUCUAAACAUGCUGGUUGCUACCUGUUAGCAAAAACACAAAAACUAACCUCAGGUAAUCCGGUACUAUAAUGCUUUACUGUUCAUGAUGUUUUGACAGUUGGCAUGUAAAAUCUGAGCCAAGUUACACUGUGUGGUAUUUGUCUCCCGCAUAAUAAACGUUUUUUUCCCCAACAUAAAAUCUCUUCAUAUGUGCACUAGGGCUGCAACUGUAUGCGGUUUCAUGGUAGGAUAAUCAUCUCAGAAAAUGUCACCAUUUCAUGUUAUAUUACACAAUUAUAAAUGUUAUUAUUAUCAUAUACAAUGACCCUUAAAAUAAUGAAAACAGAAGGGUUUUCUUAGAACAAAUACU